AUGGAUGCCGCUCUCCAAAAGGCGCUGUUGGACCGCGUCUACGACAAGCGCAAAGCCGCCACGCUCGACCUCGAACGACAGGUGCGCGAGUGCCUUGCCAAAGGCGAUCGUGCUCGUGUCAAUCUCAUCGUUCAGCAACUUUGUUCCCUCCUUUCCGCAUCUCCGCAGAACGUCAAUGCUCGCAAUGGUGGCCUCAUCGGUCUCGCCGGUAUUGCCAUUGCACUUGGGGUAGAGAUUGCUCCUUUCCUAGAACAGAUCGCCAAACCCGUCUUGGCCUGCUUCAACGACCCGGAUAGCAAAAUUCGCUACUUUGCCUGCGAGAGCUUCUACAAUAUCGCCAAGGUUUGCAAGGGCGAAAUUCUCGUCUACUUCAAUGAAAUUUUUGAUGCACUCUCCAAGCUUGCUGCCGACUCCGAACUCAGCGUCAAGAACGGCGCUGAGCUGCUCGACCGUCUGCUCAAGGACAUUGUCUGCGAAGCAGCUCCGCAUUAUGUUUCCCAGUUCCAAGACAUUUCACUUAUUCGUGCUCAUCAAGACGCACAAGACGGUUUUGCUGGUGGUAUCGCCGAGCUUGACGUGGCACGCGAAAAGGCGCAUCAGAUCGACCAAGAAGGCACCGCCAACAACAAGGUUUUCUCCCUCGCCCGUUUCAUUCCAUUGCUGGCUGAGCGCAUGUACGUGCUGAGCCCUUUUACCCGCAACUACCUCGUUAGCUGGAUCACUGUUCUCGGUUCGGUCCCUGAGCUCGAGCUCGUCAGUCACCUCCCCUCUUUCUUCGAUGGCUUGCUCAAAUACCUCAGUGAUCCAAAUACCGACGUUCGUGUCGCCACUGCUAACGUCUUGGCCGACUUUUUACGAGAGAUCCGUCAUGCCGCCGAGCUUGCCGCGAGGAGACAGGCCUACGAGCAGCAUCGUGCUGAGCAACAGGAGCACAAGAGAAGAAAGGGUAAGCAAAGCGUUGGCACAACAGCCAUCGAUAGCGAGCCUGUCGACUUGAACACCCCAGAUAGAGCGCUGCUUGCUUCCCAGCCCGAGUUGCAACCCAGGAGUACAAGUCCGAGUAAAUCCAUGCGAUCGUCUUCAAAGGCACCUUCGACAAGGCCGCGAUCAGAAGGCGCUACAUCUCCGUUGCCUCCUCCACAUGACUCUGAAAAGGCGGAUAAUGACGCUGAAGCAAACACCGGCGAUGAAUCGGCCGCAGAGGACGGCAACCAAGACGAUCAAGAAGAAGACGAUGAAGAAGACAUCUGGGUUGACGGUACCGAGGUCCGCAUCGACUAUGCCGCCAUCAUGGAAAUUCUCAUCAACCACAUUGGCUAUCCAGACGAAGAGAUUCAGGCGACAACCCUGCAGUGGAUCGCCGAGUUUCUGCUGGUAGUCAAGGACGUCGUCGUGCCCUUUACACCUCGGCUCAUCUCUGCCAUCCUUCCGAGCUUGGCGCAUCACAGUCCGGCCAUUGCAAGUGCAGCGCACACAACCAACAUCAAUCUUUACAGAGUUAUCCAGGACAUUGCUGCUCCGCCUACACCACCCAGCGCGCGACCUCGUGUUUCGUCAGCAACGACGACUUUGCAGGGCCACAGACAUACCAACUCCACCGCCUCGGGCCGCGACAGAAUUGCCACCGGUAGUCCUACACAGAAUGGCAACCUCACCAGGCAUAGCUCUGCCUCACGACCAUCUGGUUCCGCCGCAGCUGCAGCAUCAACUAGUGCGACAGCUCCCACACCGCGACCCCGUUCUCCAAGAUCACGUGCGGGCACGGUGAGCGGAGAACCCACGGCGGGCAUCGCCGCCAUCAGUCUUUCAGACGGUAUAACCAACGACGAUCGCGCGACUUCGCCCAAUUACAAUGACAUCCAAGGCGCAGCAGAAGAGGUAGAUCCUUUCGACUACCAGAUGACGGUCAACGCGCUGACAUUGCAGCUGCUCGAUGAACACGAAGAGACUCGAGUCUCUGCGCUUGAAUGGCUCUUGAUGUUGCAUCAGAAGAGCCCUCGAAAGAUCUUAUCGAUGGACGAUGGAACUUUCCCUGCAUUACUCAAAACACUAUCCGAUCCAUCCGACGAAGUAAUUCGAUGUGAUCUCCGCCUCCUUGCGCAGAUCAGCUCUGCUUCGGAAGACUCAUAUUUCCACGCCUUCAUGGCCAACUUACUCAGUCUGUUCAGUACCGACCGACGCUUGCUCGAGACGCGCGGAUCGCUCAUCAUUCGACAACUUUGCGCGUCUCUUCACACCGAACGCAUCUUCCGCACGCUCGCCGAGAUCCUCGAGAAAGACGAAGACCUGGAAUUCGCCAGCAUCAUGGUGCAGAAUCUCGCUAUCAUCCUGAUCACCUCUCCCGAGCUAGCUGACUUCCGCAAGAAGCUGCGCAACCUCGACUCGCGAGAAGGCCAACAACUGUUCGUUUCUAUCUAUCGCUGCUGGUGCCACAAUGCUGUGGCUGCGUUCAGUCUUUGCCUACUGGCGCAGGCGUACGAGCAUGCCAGCAACUUGCUUACCAUCUUUGCCGAGCUCGAGAUCACGGUCUCGCUGCUCAUCCAGAUCGACAAGCUGGUGCAGCUGCUCGAGUCGCCUAUUUUCACAGCACUGCGACUGCAGUUGCUCGAGCCAGAGAGGUAUCCGUACUUGUUCAAGUGUUUGUACGGCAUCCUGAUGCUGUUGCCGCAGAGUUCAGCGUUUGUAACGCUCAGAAAUCGUUUGAAUGCGGUGAAUGGGCUUGGCUUUUUGCACUCAGUGCCGAGAUCGAGCUACUCAUCCAGGGCCGCAACCAAGGGUGUCUCUGGUUCUGGGAGCUCGUCUAGUGGUGGCGCGGGCGGAAGCACGGGCGUGGGAGGCAGCUCAGUGGGUGGUUCAGCCUCGAUGGCCGAGAUCAAAUGGAACGACCUGCUGCAUCAUUUUCGGGUGGUUCAGAACAAGCACGAACGUGCACGUCGCCAAGCGGCCAUGGGAGCGUCUGCUGUAACAGGAGGUAUGCAGCUCGUACCGGACUAUGCUGUACCGCGCCUCCCUUCAGCUGGCGGCGCAGGAGCGGCGGCUUUGUCUGCUUCAUCGUCAACGGCUGGAGGUGGCGGAGGUGGUCGAAGACGCAUCAACCAAGCGGCAACACCAGUAACUGGAGCUCCAGGCGCCUCUGCACCUACAGGCCGAUUCGGACUCGGUCUGGCCUCAACCACUCAGACCGGCCGCGGAAAUGGUGCUAGUGCAUCGGCGCCAAAUACGUCCACAAGCAGCUUCUUCGGGAUUCACCUUCCCACCACCGCUGCCGCUACGACCUCACCUUGGACCUCUGCUCACACGGCUUCCGCGCGCUCCUCAAGCCCAUCCGCUGCUCGCCGGUACGCUCCUGGUCAGCAACAAUCCUCGAACCCUGGAUCUAGACAUCCCAGCAAAGGCUCUUCGCUGCGUUAG